GUACAUUACUUUUCAGAGCAUUUUUUCUUCUGUAACCUUUUUAGUAAUCUCCGUAUACAAUUCCCCAUUAUAAUAGAUCUAAUUUAAUACUUUUAAAUAUAGUUAAGUUAAUUUAUAAAUGUUUAUGUCAUAUUGUACAUUUUAUUAUUAAUUUUAUUAUUAUUAAAUACAAAAGAUAAUAAUUAAUUGUCAUUGACAAUAUAACAUCACACGUGUUAACACAACGUAAUAAACACAGUCUCGAAUCUGAUAAAGGGUAAAGUAGAAAUAAAAGACAUCAAGUUAAAUGCUUUUUGUUUCUUUCUCUACUAUGUAUAAUGUGUUAUACACUAUAAUUAAAUAAAAAACUGAGAGUAACUAAAAAUAAAUCAACAUGACUACAUAUAAUUUUGAAUCAAUUAAAAUUGGUUUCAUUGGAGGUGGAAAUAUGGCAAGUGCCAUUGGUGCUGGAUUGAUUAGGAAAGGUAUUUUUGAUCCAAAUAAUGUUUGGGUAUCUGCACGUACAAAUAAAACUUUAGGCUUUUGGACCGAGUUAGGUGCGCAUGCUACAUUGAAAAAUGGAGAAGUAUAUGACAAUUGUGAUGUCAUAUUUUUAUCAGUAAAACCACAGAUGCUUAAUGACGCGCUCGAUGGACUAAAAGCAACAAUUAAGAAAGAGAAACAUUCUCCACUUUUUGUCUCAGUACUUGUGGGCAUUCCCUUAGAUACUUUACAUAAUAAACUCAAAGAGAUCGUGAACUAUCCUAAAAAUUAUCCUAGGAUAAUUAGAUGCUUGCCAAAUACUCCUAUGAUGGUUGGAGAAGGAAUAACAGUAUAUUGUUCUUUGAACACAACAAAGGAAGAUGAAGACAUGAUCAGAACAUUAUUUUCUUAUAUUGGUAUAACUGAAAGUGUUCCUGAAUCUGUUAUGAAUGCUAUAGGUGGCCUUUCAGGUUCUGGUCCUGCUUAUGCCUAUCUUGUCAUAGAAGGAUUAGCAGAUGGUGCUGUAAAAAUGGGUGUUCCAAGACCUAUGGCAACAAAAUUUGCAGCUCAAGUGUUAGUUGGAGCUGGUAAAAUGGUAUUAGAAACAGGUAGACAUCCAGGUCAAUUGAAAGACGAAGUAUGUUCUCCAGGAGGUACAACAAUUACAGGUGUUCAUGCUAUGGAAUGUGGUCAAGUUAGAGCAUCAAUGAUGAAUGCAGUUGAAGCUGCAGUAAAUAAGUCAAUCAAAAUGUCUUCAGAAAUGAAAUAAAAUUUAGUACAAAACAUUUCAAAGAAAUUAAUGAAGCGGAGUAAUAUCAAAGUAUCAUUUUAUUUACACUGCAUUUGUUUAAGCAUUUUCAAUACAGUAUAAAAUAGUGUUCUUAUUUUUAAGAAUGCUCUAUAAAUUACCUCAAAGGUGUAGUACAAAGAAAAAAUACGAUAUUAUUUAAAAAUACAAUAUUAUUAUUUACUUAGUAAAAUGAGUUCCUUAAUUUUAUGUAUAUUAUGAUACAAAUGUAAAAAUAAACUAAAUAUUACA